GCUCUCGUCUCGGCGCUCAGCGUCCGUGGCAGCAUCCACUCACUCACUCUUUUACUACUGCCUGCGAUGUGACUCCACGCCGCUCGCUCGCUGGAAUAUCACCCUUCGUGACAAGUGACGGAUUUUACGCGCACUUCACGCCGUCCGGUUUUCCCAAAUCAAGUGGACACCGCGGCAGCGGCCAAUGCCUUUUACCAUGACUGUGGGAUUAAUAACGACUUUGUGUGCUGUAACGGCCGUUUUCGCGAUGGAAGAAACAUUAAUGGACACCCGGACCGCCACAGCAGAGCUCGGUUGGACGGCAUACCCUUCAUCAGGGUGGGAGGAAGUAAGCGGCUACGACGAAAACCUCAACACCAUUCGAACGUACCAGGUGUGCAACGUCUUCGAGUCCAACCAGAACAACUGGCUGCUCACCACCUUCAUCGCUCGGCGUGGUGCUCAGCGCAUUUACGUGGAGAUGCGUUUCACCGUCCGAGACUGCAGCAGCAUCCCGCGAGUGCCUGGGUCCUGUAAGGAGACCUUUAACCUGUACUAUUACGAGACGGACUCCGUCAUCGCCACCAAAGGUGGGGCGUUCUGGAUGGAGGCUCCGUAUUUGAAAGUGGACACCAUUGCGGCGGACGAGAGCUUCUCACAGGUGGAUUUUGGUGGUAGGUUGAUGAAAGUGAACACAGAGGUGCGGAGCUUCGGUCCACUCUCGAAAAAUGGCUUUUAUCUGGCGUUCCAGGACUAUGGUGCGUGCAUGUCCCUGCUGUCCGUGCGUGUGUUUUUUAAGAAAUGCCCCAGCGUGGUGCAGAACUUUGCAAUCUUUCCAGAGACCCUGACCGGGGCAGAGAGCACCUCGCUGGUGAUCGCUCGAGGGAUGUGCAUCCCGAACUCUGAGGAAGUGGACGUACCCAUUAAGUUGUACUGUAAUGGCGAUGGGGACUGGAUGGUUCCAAUUGGGAGCUGCACCUGCAAGGCGGGAUUUGAGCCGGAUAACGGGAACGUGUGUCGAGCUUGUCCUCCAGGAACGUUCAAGUCCAGUCAAGGGACAGGUUUGUGUCUUCAGUGUCCGUCUAACAGUAGGUCCACAUCUGAAGCGGCCACCAUCUGCGUCUGCAGGAACGGCUACUACAGAGCAGACGGAGAGCAGCCAGACAUGCCCUGCACCAGUGUUCCCUCUGGGCCAAGAAAUGUCAUCUCCAUCGUGAACGAGACCUCCGUGACUCUGGAGUGGCACUCCCCGCGUGAGACAGGCGGGCGCGAGGACGUCAUGUACAAUAUUGUUUGUAAGAAAUGCCAAGCGGACCGCCGAUCCUGUUCCCAUUGCGAUGAUAAUGUGGAAUUUCAGCCCCGGCAGCUGGGACUGACCGAAACCAGAGUCUUCAUCAGUAACCUUCUGGCACACACUCUCUACACGUUUGAGAUCCAGGCGGUCAACGGUGUCACCAACAAGAGCCCGUAUCCUGCCCAGCACGUCUCCAUAGACAUCACGACCAACCAGGCUGCUCCGUCCAUUGUUCCCAUAAUGCAUCAGGUCAGUUCUACGAUGAAAAGCAUCACGUUGUCAUGGCCACAGCCUGAACAGCCUAAUGGAAUUAUUCUCGAUUACGAGCUGCGCUACUAUGAGAAGGAGCUGUCUGAGGUGAACUCCACACAGGUGAGGAGUCAGACGAAUACGGCUCGUGUGGAUGGACUACGGCCGGGCACCAUGUAUGUGAUGCAGGUUCGAGCCAGGACUGUUGCUGGUUUCGGAAAAUACAGCAGCAAAAUGUGCUUCCAAAGCCUCACAGAUGACGACUAUAAAUCAGAGCUGAGGGAGCAGUUGCCGCUGAUUGCGGGCUCAGCCGCGGCUGGAGUGGUCUUCAUCGUGUCUCUGGUGGCCAUAUCUAUAGUCUGUAGCAGGAAACGAGCUUACAAUAAGGAGGCUGUGUACAGUGACAAACUCCAGCACUACAGCACUGGCAGAGAACUCACUUUGAGGCCAGAUCUUUCUAACUGCCACACUCCCAUGGGCUGCCCGACCCUGCCAGGCUCUCCGGGGAUGAAGAUCUACAUCGACCCCUUCACCUACGAAGAUCCAAAUGAAGCCGUCAGAGAAUUCGCCAAGGAAAUAGAUGUCUCCACCGUCAAGAUUGAAGAAGUUAUUGGGGCAGGUGAGUUCGGGGAAGUAUAUAAAGGUCGACUGAAACUGCCUGGAAAACGAGAGAUCUACGUUGCCAUCAAAACACUGAAGGCGGGUUAUUCUGAGAAGCAGAGACGCGACUUCCUGUCUGAGGCAUCAAUCAUGGGGCAGUUUGAUCACCCCAACAUCAUUCGCCUUGAAGGGGUGGUCACCAAAAGCCGGCCGGUCAUGAUCGUCACAGAGUUCAUGGAGAACGGGGCACUCGACUCUUUCCUUAGGCAAAACGACGGGCAGUUCACGGUGAUCCAGCUGGUGGGGAUGUUGAGGGGAAUUGCUGCAGGGAUGAAGUAUCUGUCGGAAAUGAAUUACGUCCACCGAGACCUGGCUGCCCGCAACAUCCUGGUCAACAGCAACCUCGUGUGCAAGGUGUCGGACUUCGGCCUAUCCCGUUAUCUGCAGGAAGACACCUCUGACCCCACCUACACCAGCUCACUGGGUGGAAAGAUCCCUGUGAGAUGGACCUCGCCGGAAGCGAUCGCAUACAGGAAGUUCACUUCUGCUAGUGACGUCUGGAGUUACGGGAUCGUCAUGUGGGAGGUGAUGUCUUUUGGCGAGAGGCCCUACUGGGACAUGAGCAAUCAAGAUGUGAUCAACGCCAUAGAGCAGGAUUACAGGCUGCCGCCCCCCAUGGACUGUCCCACUGCUCUCCACCAGCUGAUGCUCGACUGCUGGCAGAAAGAUCGAAACGCUCGGCCACGCUUCACAGAUAUCGUCAAUACGCUCGACAAACUCAUCCGCAACCCCACCAGCCUUAAAGCUGUCGCCAGUAUACCCACUAUUCCGUCCCAGCCGUUGUUGGACAGGUCCAUCCCAGACUUCACCACCUUUAGUUCUGUAGAGGACUGGCUGGUCGCUGUUAAGAUGUCUCAGUACAGAGACAACUUCCUCAACUCUGGCUUUACAUCCCUACAGCUGGUAGCCCAGAUGACUUCAGAGGACCUUUUGAGGAUAGGUGUGACUCUAGCCGGCCAUCAGAAGAAAAUCCUCAACAGCAUUCAGUCCAUGCACCUGCAGAUGUCUCAGUGCCAGACGGGCACUGCGCUGGCAUGACUACAGGGGGCGCCGGACGACGGGCCGGGCAGCUUGCGGAAGAAUUACCAGCGGGCGAGCCCAAUCCCAUCGGAGCGCGCCAGAAUAGAGACUAUCAUCCUGAUCUGAGAACGUGUUUCAGGAGAGGAACCAUUAUCCCAUAUCCAACAGACAAGAUCAGAACAGGACCAGACCCAUGGGAACUCCCAGGACGUCUGUUAACCUGUCGACGGUUUGUGUCUUUGGGCUGCAUUUACAGGGAAAACUGGAGAAGCAGACUCUUUUUGUCCUCUUUUCGUCAUUGUAAUCCCGCUUUAGUUAUCUUCACGAUGCUAUUCCAAUUCUGAGACGUCUCGCAUCAUUUUCUACAAGGUUGUGUCGUUCUUCUUUUUUUCCACUAUAAACCUUCUUUCGCCACUGCUUCCCACUUACAUUACCUGUCGAUUUCGGUAUGGCUGACGUUGCCAAAGGACAUCCCGUAUGCCUGCGUCCCAUCCCCUGGCCGUACGAGCGUAAAUGAUGUAUAUCUUUAAAUAAACACGAGUAUAUCUUCAGAGUAAACCUUCAUAUUGAAGGUGAAGUGUAACGGAGCUCUUUGUAAAUACACUCUUCUUCCGCUUGCUUUUUUGGCAAUGUUGCGCAUUGGAACAGAACCACGGAUUCUGCAGGACACGAACUCGCUCACGAGAACAAUCUGGGAUGAACUCUUGACUCUGUCGAUGUUGUGUAAAUAUCAGUUAGUUGUGUAUAAACUAGCGUUAAAAAGAGAUACUUUAGGUGAAAAAAGCUACGCAUUCAGGCCACUAAACAGUGUUUAUUGUAGGUGUUUCCACGCUGAUGAGCACUUACGUGUACAGCUUUUCUUUCUUCCACCUCUUCUUCUUCUUCUACUUCUUCUAGUCGUUCUUGUUAGUUUCGUGUCAGAGUGUUUGAAUGCGUCGACUAGCGUUGGGAAGGUGUGUCGUCACCUCCUAAACUAGCUAGUACACUUAAAUGUAGUUUCACUGUUAAUAAGCUGUACUAAUGUUGGUCUUACAGGGUCUUUAAAACCGCAAAUCUGUUUCCAAGCAAGUGUUUACAUGAUAAGCAGAUGAAAAGGUUGCAGGCAGGAAACAAAGAGACUCGCAAAACCGCUGCCCUUCACCACUUUCAUCAUGCCGAAUCUCUCUCUCGGCUCCAGAUGUUUCCAGAUGACAUUGCUAAAUGCGGUACAUGCUCUUUCGUGUCACCAGCUCUCCAUUUAUUUGUGUGUGUGUCUGGAUUGAACAUCUGUGUGACCCUUUAUGAACAGAUGCCCAACGCCACCCCAUUGAGCACAUUCUACUUAAGCAGUCAAUGAAGCACUGGGUAACACACACACACACACACACACACACACACACACACACACACACACUGUUGUCAGCUUUGGGCUGUUCUUUUUUUGGUUGCCAUUGAGAAAUAGCAUCAGCCGAUUGAUUUAUAAUAAUAAUAAUUGAAUAAUUAUUAUUAUUAUAGGUAAUACUAUACCAAGUUAACAUUAG